AUGGCCCAGGCGGGUCAGACUCCUCUGCAGCGGCUCCGCUUUAAUAACGUGGCUCUGAGGAAGCUUCCUGUGGACGCCUCUCUGGAUGGGGGCUCUCGUACGGUCAGAGGGGCGUGUUUCUCUCGGGUCGAGCCGCAGCCUCUACCCAGACCCUGCUUCGUGGCUGUGUCCCCGCGCGCGCUCGCGCUGCUGGGCCUGAGCGCCGAGGACGUGCUGAUGGACCCGCGCGGACCCGAGUACCUGAGCGGCUCCGCAAUACUGCCCGGCUCCGAGCCCGCUGCCCACUGCUACUGCGGACACCAGUUCGGCCUGUUCGCGGGGCAGCUGGGGGACGGGGCGGUGUGUUAUCUGGGAGAAGUGGAGGCUAGAUUAGACCGCACAGACCAGGAGCUCAGGAGUCCAUGCGGCCGGUGGGAGAUCCAGGUGAAAGGCGCAGGACUGACCCCAUACUCCAGGCAGUCUGAUGGUCGUAAAGUGCUGCGCUCCAGCAUCAGGGAGUUUCUGUGCAGUGAGGCCAUAUUCGCCCUGGGCAUUCCCACCACUCGAGCUGGCUCGCUGGUGACAUCUGACCUCUAUGUGCAGAGAGAUGCAUUCUAUAGUGGCAAUCCCAAACCGGAGAGGUGCUCCGUGGUCCUGCGCAUCGCUCCCACCUUUAUCAGGUUUGGUUCAUUUGAAAUCUUCAACCCAGCUGAUGACUUCACAGGAAGGCAAGGUCCUAGUGCUGGUCGCCAUGAAAUUCGUGCACAAUUACUUGAUUACGUCAUUGAGAUGUUCUAUCCCGAGAUCCAGGCAGAGCACCCGGAUCACAAGGCCAGGAACGCUGCCUUCUUCAGAGAGGUGACUGUACGGACUGCCAGACUGGUCGCCCUGUGGCAGAGUGUUGGGUUCUGUCAUGGAGUUCUCAACACAGACAACAUGAGCAUCCUGGGCCUCACCAUAGACUACGGCCCUUUUGGCUUCAUGGACAGGUACGACCCUGAGUUUGUGUCCAACGCAUCAGAUAAGAAGCGACGAUACACUUUUGAGGCCCAGCCUUAUGUAUGCCGCUGGAAUCUGGCACGCUUGGCAGAGGCCUUGGGAUCUGAGUUGCAGGCAUCCACAGCAGGAACCAUCCUGGAUGAGUUUAUGCCGCUGUACAGGAACUUUUACCUGGGAAACAUGAGGAGGAAGCUGGGGCUAUUGAGACGGGAGGAACCAGAAGAUGAGGAGCUUGUGGAGGAUUUGUUAAAGAUCAUGCACAACACAGGUGCAGAUUUCACCAAUGUUUUUCGUUUGCUGAGCAGUGUGUGCUGCCCCCUAGUGGGAGAGAGUGGUCAGGGUGAUGUAGGGUCAGUGGUGGAUCUGAUCCUGGAGCAGUGUGCCUCGCUGGAGGAGCUUAAGGUUGCUAAUCACCCUACCAUGGAGCCCCGUGAGCUGGAGAUGAUUCUCUCCAUGGCAGAAACCAGUCCAGGCCUGUUCAACAUGACAGCCAAUCGGCCAGAGGUUGCAAAGCAACUGGAGAAGAUUGGCAGGCUGAAGGAGCUGCUGGAGACCAAUCAGGACGAUCUAAAGGUCAAGCAAAGAGAUGACUGGUUGAUAUGGAUAAACAGAUACAGGAAACGGCUCACUCGGGAAUGCGAUAGCAUGAGUGACCCGGCUUCUGUUGACGAAGAGAGAGUUAGGAUUAUGGAUGCCACUAACCCUGCAGUAGUACUUCGGAACUACAUCGCCCAGAAUGCAAUAGAAUGGGCUGAGAAUGGAGAUUUCUCUGAGGUUCAGAGGCUUUUCAAAGUUCUGGAGAACCCAUACUCUGUCCCACCGGACGUGAAGCAGCCCAUCUGGCCGGGGAAAAAGGGGUCAUGUGAGACCAAAGGUUCUACAGGGCAAAAUGUGAUGAAUAGUGGAGAGAAGAAAGGCACAGCUGACAUUGGCUGUCUUUCUUACAACACCAAACCUCCAGAAUGGGCACGAGAAAUCUGUGUAACGUGA